AUCGAUGAAAUUGAACAAGCGAUGGCGGACAUUUGGUGAUCGUUGAGGAGUCGGAUAUAAUCUUUGUGGAUAAAAUCUAUUCUUUUUAUACCGGAAGCGGAUUUAUUCGCCUGUUCCAAGCCACCUUUGGGGCUUGUAUGUGAAUCGGCUGACAGCAUGGGGGUGCUGCUGUUCCUUGCGGUCAUACAAGCCGUGGAGGUCGGGAUGGUGUCUGCAGAGUGCCCAGUGGUGUGCGAGUGCCCAGCCGGGCCCCCGUCCUGUCCCCCGGGGGUGAGUUCUGUGCCGGAUGGGUGCGGCUGCUGCAAAGUGUGUGCCGCACAGCUGAACCAGGACUGCCAGGAAGGAAGACCCUGCGACCACCACAAAGGCCUGGAGUGCAACUACGGCAACGAUGUGGGUCGGACCCACGGCAUCUGCAGGGCAAGGGCAGAAGGCCGGUCCUGCGAAUACAACGGGCGGAUCUACCAAAAUGGCGAGAAUUUCCACGCCGGUUGCAAGCACCAGUGCACCUGCAUAGACGGGGCAGUGGGUUGUGUGCCCCUGUGCCCCGACCGUGUGCCCUUGGCGUCCCCUUCCUGCCCCGCCCCCCACCUGGUCAAGGUGCCCGGCCAGUGCUGCCUCAGCAUCGACUGCCACAAGGGCUCCACCGUCGUGCCCCCGCCUUACCCGCCCUACCCCUUCAUGCGCUACCCGGCCCACCCCCACCCCCACCUCAAACCGUACCACAAGCCGUACCCCUACAAGCCCCAAAACGGGAUGGACGCCCUGGGGAACGAGCUGAUGGAGGUGGGACGCAAAUGGGACAAGCGGCGCGGCCACAAGCACCUGGCGGCGUGGAGGCAGGGAGGAGACGAGUGCGUGGUCCAGACCACUUCCUGGUCCCAGUGUUCUCGCAGCUGUGGGAUGGGCAUCUCCUCUCGCGUCACCAACGACAACGCUCGCUGUAAGCUAAUCAAGGAAAGUCGUCUCUGCAACGUACGGCCCUGCAGCUCCAUGUCCAUCCCCGUCAAGAAAGGCCGGAAGUGCUCCCGAACCCACAAAGCCCCCGAGCCGCACCGCCUGUCCUACGCCGGCUGCAGGAGCACUCGCCUGCACAGGCCCAACUACUGCGGCGUCUGUCGAGACGGCCGCUGCUGCUCGCCUCGCCGCACGCGCACGUCCAGCGUCACCUUCGCCUGCCCGGACGGCGAGCGCUUCACCCGAUCCGUGAUGUUCAUCCAGUCGUGCAAGUGCAGCGACGAGUGCAACCACCUCAACGAGGCCGCCAUGCCCCCGCAGCGAUGGCUGUACGGGGACACGCACAAGUUCCUGGACUAGCCGAGUGAGCCACGCCGUCCCCGGUAGAGAAUAGUCCCGAGUCCUGAUUCCUGUAUCCUUGAGCAGACGCAAGCCGUGAGCUUCUGCAUCUCCAACUUGACCAGAGCAGCUCUGCUGUAGUCUAGAUUGUUUUAAAAGCCACCCAAUAGUUGCACCAAGUCACCCCCGGACGCUGAGACUUUUCCAUUGGGGGGGGGCCAUGCAAGUAGCCGCCACACACAAACACGUACGGUGAGUUUUUGGGAAUGAUAGCGGAUUGUUAGUAGCGACGCAGCAAGGCCGAUGGCGGCUUCUGGUGCGACCGCAUUUGGUAUUUAUUCAGGCCCAUUUAUCGUGGGGUCACGCCCACGCGGCCAUCUUUGGAGCGUCACGGGCCUCCCAGGGACCAAACAGCUGAGAGCCGCCAGCCAUUGAAGGGAGCGGACUCCCAGACUCCGGGGUCCAAUCAGAGGCCUCAGCCGAUGGCGGAUGAUGAAGGCUGCAGAGGCGGCGUGUGGAGCCUCGCUACGGAAGUCAAAGGUUGACACGGCUGGACUCGUCUCCGGCCUGGUCUCCACGAGAACCAUUUAGCAAGCACCGAAGGAACAGGCCUGGGAUUCUGGUGUCUACAAGUCCACCUCCUAAUUCCGGGCAAAUUACAAUCACGACUGGAGGAACGGCGCUCUAAUAAAAAUGGAAAACCCAUCAUUUGCGACGAGAGGGUGGAAGUGGAAACGCUUGGCUGAGUCAUGAAAAAAAAACCUGUUAGUCAUGCUUCUUGGGGGGGGGGG